UUUGUUGAAUACAGAGCACAUUGUGAGCUGAACAGGAUGUACAUUUGAGCCUCUCUAGAAUGUAACUUGGGUGUGUACGAUAAUUUUCCUCAAAAUACGAUAAUUUUGAGCUGCUGAUACGAUAAUUCAACAUUUCCCAUCUGGCAACACUGCACGGGAGUCUGCAGUCAGCUGGUCAGCGCCCCCGCCCUCCUCUGGACCCCUCUCUGUCCAGCAGCUCCCUCCUCUGACGGUUCUGGCAGCUGCUGCUCCUCACAUGGACGUGUUCGCUGUUCCUGCAGACAGACAGAAGGGAUGGUACCUUUCUCUCAUGGCCCCCAACACUAAAGGACCCCAGUUCGCCUGGCUGGACCCGUCCAGACUUUACUGCAACUCCCAGGCUCUGGCCGACUGUGUGAAGGACCUCCUGGGUCCGUUUCAGAACGACACCGUGGACCUGGUCGCUGGGAUAGACGCCAUGGGCUUCAUACUGGGAGCGUCUGUCGCCAACACUCUUGGGAAAGGUUUCCUGGCGAUCCGUAAAGCGGGUCACCUGUGCGUCGCCACCCAGAACCAGAACUACUCAGACUACUCAGGCAGAGAGAAGGUGAUGGAAGUGAGGACGGACGUGCUGAGACCAGGCCUGAGGGUUCUGUUGGUGGACCAGUGGAUCGAGACCGGAGGAACCAUGAGAGCUGCCAUCCGGCUGGUGGAGGAGCUGGGAGCCACGGUUGCAGGCGUCGCCGUCGUGGCCGUCGAGAACACCGAGGGAGGGAGGUGGAUUAAAGAAAACUACAAGUUCUCCCACUGCGUCCCUGAAGAGCUGCAGCCUCAGAUCGACGGGAAACACCUGGACUCCUUUAAAAACUUCAAAAAUUAAAAUCCUGCGAAGGAGACAAACUGCGACGGACACGAAAUAUUUCAAUCUGCACAUUUUCUUUUAUUUUGAAAUAAUUUUUGCUAAUAACAAAAAUGAUUUGACAUCAUUUUACUCUUUUUUUAAUUAAACUAGUAAACAUUUGACUAAAUAUUUACAGAGACUUUUUUUUAAUAAAGCUCAUUCAGUCAUAAA